AUGCCUCGCUUUGUUCCGCGCCAGCGGAAACACAAAGUCCUAGCCCGAGAGAAAUCCGCUCCAUCCACCGUUGCGGACCCGUCCAACCAGGAACAAAUUGUGCCGCUCAGUAAAGCGGAGAAAGAAGAAAAGAGACAGAAACUACGGGAGGAAUUAAGAGCCCAACAACCAAAAGUAUCGGCGAAAAAGCAGAAGCGUCUGGACAAAUAUAUCGAGAAUAAGUUGAAGAAAGACGAGACUCUCGACCUGUUGAAGAAACUUGAGCAAGAGAAGGAGAAGUACGAUGCGGUGGUGGCCAAGGCUAAGGAUACGCCUUCAAACCUAGGGAAACGGACGUUUGGUCAGUUUAAAGAAGGGAAAGGACCGCAGAAGAAAGUACAACAAGUUCAAGAUGAGCCGUCGGAUGUGGAAAGCGAAGAUUCCUUUGAGGCAGAACAUGAACGAGCUUUCAUAGAUACGCCUGUUGAGGAACCUGCUGUGCAGGCCCUGACUCCUGUGAUCUCGGUAGGAUCCGGUCUUGCUCAGCCUUUGCAGUUGGAUGAGAAUGGUCUGCCGAUUAUUCAGACUAAGAAGAGUAAAAAGCGAAAGAAGCUCGAAGCGGAACCUUUGGUGGACAGAGAGCUCUCAUGGGAUGGAUUCGACUCGGAGCCGGAGGACGCAGUCUAUGGAUCAAAUACUGACGAGUCGGCUGAAGAUUCUGGGUCCGAGGAGGUUGAGCUAGAAUCGGAUGGCUCGAACUCUGAGGAUGAUUCUCAAUCAAAUGAAGACGAUGAGAGCGAGUCCGAAGAGGGCGACGAUGACGACGACGACGACGACGACGAUGACGAUAGUGACGACGAUACAAGCACAUCUGGUGUCUCAGAAGACGGCAAACUGAAACCCAGAAAUUCUGCGUUCAAGGCAUGGGCGACUUCACAGGUGAAUAAAUCAAUCGGACAUACACCAUCAUACACCCAGGGCGAGGGAGUAUUGCAACCUGCUCCUCAGUCUUCACAAGCUCCCACCACACAACCCAAACCCAAAGCUCCUUCAUCAAGUCCGGAACCAGGAUCGAUACGAAAAGCAUAUGCCGUCCACGUCAACCGGACGGAAGACAUUCAACAAUCCAGAUCUGAACUUCCCAUCAUUCAAAAAGAGCAAGAAAUCAUGGAAGCAAUCCACAACCAUCCAGUUGUACUCAUCAAAGGUGAUACUGGCAGUGGAAAAACAACCCAAGUACCUCAGUUCUUGUUCGAAGCUGGAUAUGGUUCUCCGGAUGGACCCACACCAGGGAUGAUUGGCAUCACUCAACCUCGCCGAGUGGCGGCCGUAAGCAUGGCAAAACGAGUCGGCGUGGAACUUGGAAACCAUGGCAAAACCGUCGGCUAUCAAAUUCGCUUCGACAGCAACGUCUCUCCCGAUACUAGUGUCAAAUUCAUGACCGACGGUAUCCUUCUGCGAGAACUGUCACAGGAUCUGCUUCUGAAGAAGUAUUCCGUUAUUGUCAUCGAUGAAGCGCACGAGAGAAGUGUCAAUACAGAUAUCCUGAUCGGCAUGCUCAGCAAGAUUGUUCCCGCUCGAAUGGUCAAGAACAAGUGGAACCCUGACCCCAAACCACUGAAACUAAUCAUAAUGUCUGCCACCUUGAACGUCGGCGACUUUCUACACGAGAAAUUAUUUUCAGCGGCCGACAAGCCACCUAUUGUGGAAGCUGAAGGUCGACAACAUCGUGUCACAACACACUUUGCAUUGAGAUCUCGGGCUGACUAUAUCGAAGAAGUCAUUGAAAAAGUCACGAGGGCGCAUCGAAAGUUACCUCGAGGAGGUAUUCUCGUUUUUCUGACUGGACAAAAUGAAAUUCGACAAGUCGCUGAUCGACUCUCUACUGCGUUACGACCGCGAGGAGAACAUCGUAGCCUGGAAUCUGCACCACGUGUACAAGUGGCAGCAAGUGAAAUCCCACUCGAAGUUGAAGACAUGGACGUCGGAGACUACAAGAUACAAGAGGGCGAUGAUGAUUUCGAUGAGCUUGAGAUCUUGACACAUUCGGAAGAUGAAGAUGAAGCUGACGAAUUUGACAUUUCCGAUGAAGAGGAGGAAGAAAAUCCAGAAGACAAGACACCAUUCCCGACCAAACCCAACCGAAGCCCAAGACAACUCAAGCAACCAGAUUCCAAAGAUCCCUACACCUCCGUCCACAUCCUUCCCCUGUAUUCCCAACUGCCCACCUCUGAACAACUCAAGAUCUUCGAACCCGCCCCCGAAGGAUCACGACCCAUCAUCCUUGCAACCAACGUCGCCGAAACGAGUUUAACCAUCCCCGGAAUCCGAUUUGUAUUCGACACUGGAAGAAGCAAAGAACGGAAAUACAACCUCAACACCGGUGUCCAGAGUUUCGAAAUCGACUACAUCAGCAAAGCAAGCGCACAACAACGAGCCGGUCGAGCAGGCAGAACAGGUCCCGGCCAUUGUUGGCGACUAUACACAUCGGCCGUGUAUGAACAAUUCUUCCCUGAUCACGCAGAGCCAGAAAUCCUGAGAGCUCCCGCAGAGAGCGUGGUGCUCCAACUCAAGGGAUUCGCAUAUCCGAAUCCAAUUGCGCAGUUCCCAUUCCCAAGUGCACCGUCGGCGACGACACUUAAUAAAGCUGAACGACUCCUUGGAAAUCUAGGGGCUUUGACACCAUCAGGCGUGAUCACCGAUCUUGGGAAACAAUUGUCCAUAUAUCCCUUAUCUCCACGACUAGGUAAAAUCCUAGCUGGCGGGAUUACUGACCCAAGUCUUGUGGCUCAUGUCCUCACCCUCGUCGCCAGUCUAGCUGUUCCGGAGAUAUUCAUCCCAGAAGCACAAGCCCAACAAUCCAUCACCACCACCACCACCACCAUCUCCUCCAAUCCCUCCAACAGAGAACCCUACAGCCUCACCGACCAACUCCACGACUCGGAACGCGACCAAAUCAAACAAGCCUACGGCCGCGCCAUGUCGACUCUAUCCCGACACGACAAAACCUCCGACGCCAUGCGCGUCAUGACUGCCGUACAUUCAUACAUGUCAUUACCAUCAUCGACCCCGUCUGUCGAUCCAGAAUCCCGCGCCCGCACCCAAUUCUGCAAAACCCACUUCCUGCGCGAAAAGGCCAUGCUCGAAAUCCUCCAACUCCGCAGCCAACUCGAACGCCUCAUCCUAGCCAACCACCACGGCAUCAUCACCCACGAAAUCCUAUCAAAAUCCCAAACCCAGAAACUCUCCCCCGCGACAAUCACGAGAUUAAAUACUCUGGCCGCAAGUGGGCAUAUCGAUCAAGUCGCCAUACGAUAUGAUUUACUUCCUCGUCCGCCAGGUCUAACAAUUGCGCCGAGAAGGGGGGUUGAUGUUCCGUAUUUCCCUCUCAUCCCUAUCGGCGAUCAACAACAACAACAAUCCUCUUCCUCGUCGUCGAUAUUCACCGACCCAUCCCAUGCGAAUUUCGCUGUCUAUAUCCAUCCAUCAUCCAUCCUCUCAAAACUCACCGUUAAAUCCCUUCCGGGAUAUAUUUCCUACACUCACCUCCAAAAAUCACAGCCCGGUGUCACUAAUGCCACUGCCAAAACACGUAUGUUUCCUUUAACGCCAGUGACGCCGUUGCAAUUACGUCAAUUGGCGCAGGAUACGGCGUUGAUAAGGUAUGGGAAGCCGGUGGCGAGGAGUCAAGUGGAGGAGAUCAAGGCGGCGAGUCCAGGGGGGCAGAAGAGGAGGGAGUGUUGGGUCAAUGUGGAGUUGGUGCCGUAUUCGGGGGCGAUUCAGGCGGCGUGUUGGCCUUUAGGACAGGUUAAGGUGAGGCAGGUUUUGGAUUUGAAGACGAAAGAGGGGUGGAGGGUGGAGAAGGUGUUGAGUUGAGUUGAUAUCAGAAUAGAGAGUCCAAUGGGACU